AUGUUUGUGCAGCCCGUUGGGACUUGCGAGGUUAUCAACACUGAGAUUGUGUGUGUGUGUGCAUGCAUUAUCCGCCGCGCGUUAAACGGAAUUCCCGAGAUGUUGAAAGACUUCACUUCGCUCUUUUUGAAGCACACGAUGCCCUCGCGAAAACAUCUCACUCCUGAACUAGUUCUGCGUCUGGUGACGCCAGAGUGUCCACUGUGGAAUUCUCCAGCUGAAGAGUCGCCUUUCAAAGACCCGUUUUGGGCAUUCUACUGGCCAGGGGGACAAGCGGUUGCCAGAUACAUUUUAGAUAAUGGAUAUAUUGUGAAAAACCAAAGGAUAUUGGACGUCGGAUGCGGUUGUGGCGCAGGUGCGUUGGCAGCCGCCAAAAUGAGCGCGAAACAGAUCGUGGCUAACGAUAUUGACCCAUAUGCAGUACGGGCUACCAUUUUUAAUGCAAACUUAAAUAAUUUAUUCACGGAAACAAACACCAGGAACCUCAUAGGGAAGAGUUGUGAAAAUUUUGAUGCAAUUUUGAUUGGAGACAUGUUUUACGAGGAAGAGUUUGCGAAUUAUUUGUUUGAGUGGCUUAGCAAAUUGGCCGAAAAAAAGAAAAUGAUACUGAUUGGCGACCCAGGGCGUCACGGCCUAACAGAGCGCAGACGAAGUCAAAUGCAAUUACUAGCUAAAUACGAUCUACCCAGUGACGUUUGUAAAGAAAAUAACGGUUUCACUCAAAGUACCGUUUGGACGUUAAGACAUGGAAAUAAUUAA